CUCCGCCCUGCCCCUCAGCGGCCCCUCAGCGCCGCCCCGCCCCGCCGCCUCCGUGCCGCCGGUCCCGGGCCGGUCGGCGCUGAGGGGAGCGGGGCCGGGAGCCAUGUCGCACGGGGCGCGGGUCAUCCGCACCGGCGUGAGCAGCGCCGGGCCCGCGGCGCCGCCGCCCGCCGCCUCUUCCACCACCUCCGCGGGCUCGGACGGGGAGCUGGUGGACGGCGCCUAUUUCCGCUCGUGUGCCGGCAUGCUGAAGGUGGCACAGAUGAUCUCGCUGCUGGUUGGAUUCAUCAGUGUAAAUAAUUCUCGGUGGACGAAUUACAGUGCAUACAGCUACUUUCAGAUUGUCACCAUGUGCGACUUGGUUAUGGUUUUGUUCUUCUACAUCAUCCACAUUUUCAGAGUGUACAGGAUGCUCACUUGCGUUAGCUGGCCAUUUGCGGAGUUUCUUCAUUAUUUAAUUGGUACCAUUCUGCUUCUCAUUGCAUCGAUUGUAGCAGCAUCGAAGAGUUACAAUGUGACUGGACUUGUUGCUGGAGCGACUUUUGGAUUCCUAGCUACGAUCCUUUGUGUUUUAAGCAUAUGGUCAUCCUACAAGGUUUCUUGCAUUACCCAGUCAACAAAUGCAGCUGUAUGACUCCUUCAUCUCUGCAAGAUGUCAGCCUUAUGAAAUAGCAUACCAAAGAGGAGCAUCCACCAUGGAGAAGAAAGCCUGGGUAGUUCAUUAGAAGCCUGGAAUGCCAGUAGCCUUCGAAGAUCUACUUGAAUGUCUAUGCAAAACAAUGUCGUGAACCAAAGUUGUUGUUUUUCUCUUCCCCCACCCAAAAAAGUUUGCUUUCCCCCCAGAAGUUUAUAAUGGAGAACCAACUUUUUCUGAGCUUUACAGAGAAAGACUACUUGUGUCUCUCAAGCUGGGCUGCAGUCAUUGCCCGUCAUUUGCAAUAAGUACUUAAAAAAAGACUAAUUUGGAGAGUUGCUUGAUUCUCCUUUCAGAGGGAUGGAAGAAUUGUUUCUAAUUUCCUCCAUCUGUUUACAGAAGGGAAAUCCUGCAAAUUCCUACCUGAUUCUUAACUUCCAAGGAUGGUUUGUUUAACAAAGGAACUGUUGCAAACUGAUCUGUGCCUGGAUAAGCUGACCCAAGUCUUUGUUACCUCUUCCUACCAGAACCAUGGAUUUUUCUAACAGCAGCUCAGCCAGCGUCAAAAAAUACAAACUGCAAUUUGUAUAAAUUACUGCAAAUACUCUCUUCUAGCCCCAACAGAACAUGAUGACAUUCAUUCUUUUCUUCAUGAAUUUUAAGUUUAUUAAUAAUCAAAAAUUAUUCUUAAAAACUUUCCUCUGCCAAAUGCAGGGAAAUACCUACCCAAGAAUAAGCAUUUAACGAUUUGCGAGGUCUUUUUCUUUCUUUUUCACAAAUAGUUGUUGGUGGAAUGGACAUUCAUAAGACUUGCUGUAUGGGAAAUUUCUGUUGAAUUUCCUAGAAAGGAAAGUAUUCUCUUUGGAGUCUAAUGGUGUUUAUGGAAAGCUCAUUGUGAAUAGAGCAAUCUAUCACAAUCUGUCUAGUGCCUCUUUCUCCCUCUUACAUGUGGUUUUUCCCUUCCUCUGCUGGGAUCGAUAUUUUCAGGGGUUCUGCCCAGAGCCUGGACAGAGUUUUGUCCAACCUGACAUUGUUGUGAAGCUUUAUGUAACUGUGAGGCUGAGACAAUGCUGCUACCUUCUUGGCACCUCUACCCUUUUGCAGUCCAUCUCUGAUGAGCUGGAAACUCUUUGCAGAAAAAAGGGAAGUGUAAGCUCCUCCUCCUUGGUGCUCUUCCCUUUCACAUCUAGCUGUGAAGUAGAACUCACACGUUUAAGUUGGUCUCUUACAUCAGGACAACUACAUGACAGUGCAGCAGGUUUCUGCAAAAAAAAAAAAAAAAAAAAAAAAAAAAAAAGGAUUAAUCGUUUACCAGGUCCGAUCUGGAGGAAUUAAGUGUUUUCUGGCCUGCUAUGCAUUUUUCUAUUUGUCUGAAAUUCUGCAUAAAUACUACUAAGUAAUUCAAUGAUCUGCUUUUAGAAAAUGCUUUUUGUGCCCCUUUACAGGUUAUCAUACAUUGCCAUUUGUUGCCACCUUAAUUUAUUCUCUCAUCCGAACAUAUCUUUGGUUGUUUUUUUUUGGUUUCGUUUUUUAUUCUUUAAAAGGGAAAUAGGCCAACUGCUAAAAUUCUAA